AUGCGGACAAAUUUCAGCACGCAAACAGUUGCAAAAUUUUACGGCAUAGUUCCGGUUGAUAAUCCACUUUUAAGGAUACACAUAGCUCGUCCAUUUAACAUUCAGCUGCUAAACGUGCAGCAGGGAUCCACAUGUACGUGCAGUUCUUUGCAUCGACAAGCGAUGGAGGUAGUGCAAGUGCAUUUCGGCAGCGCUAUUCUUCGGAUGCUAGGAUGGUUAAACCUUGCAAUACUUUUUCAAAGGCGUUGCCAUCCAGCACUUAGCAAUGAGGGGCCGGGAUUUACUUGUAAAUGGGUGCCGAGUCGCUUGGCGCGCUGGAGGCUGUGA